UGUGAACGUCGAGUCGAAAGUGAAAUCAUCCAGUUAACAGUGACAGUUAAGCUACUUGUACUCAGCUCGACGUGGUGGGUCAACAUAGCGUCUGUUUAUAUCCUGUACGUUGUUGUUGGGUGAAACAAGUCUUUUUCAGAUGGCGACUGAUUGCGUGUCGAAGAUCGAACUCUCCAUCUCGUGCAGCAACCUUCUAGACAAGGAUGUCGGUUCGAAGUCUGAUCCGCUUUGUGUGCUUCUGCAGAGCAUUGGUGAUGACAAGUGGGCAGAGCUGGACCGUACAGAAUGUGUGAAGAACUGCCAGGACCCCUCCUUCAGCACGCGCCUGCGUGUGGACUACUACUUUGAGAAGGUCCAGAAGUUGAAGCUGGACGUCUACGACAUCGAUAACAAGUCUGUGGACCUGAACGAUGACGACUUCCUGGGAGGGCUUGAGUGCACUCUGGGACAGAUUGUCUCCAGUAAGAAGCUCACCAGACCAUUACAGCUGAAGAAGGGCAAGCCUGCUGGCAAAGGAACGAUCACUAUCACAGCGGAGGAGAUUAAAGACAACAGAUCCAUAGUUCUAGAGGCGGCAGCUAAAAGCCUGGAUAACAAGGAUUUUUUCGGGAAAUCUGACCCAUUUCUGGAGUUCUUCAAGCAGGGAGACGAUGGCCAGUGGCAGCUGGUACACAGAACAGAGGUGGUGAAGAACAACCUGAACCCAUCCUGGAAGACCUUCACCGUGCCCCUGCAAACCUUCUGCAGCUGUGACUUGGAAAAGACCAUUAAGGUUCACUGCUCUGACUAUGAUAACGAUGGCUCUCAUGACCUCAUUGGUGUUUUCCAAACUAGUGUUGCACAGCUGCAGAAAGCUGCCCAUGGUUCACCGGUGGAGUUUGACUGUAUCCACCCUGAGAAAAAGAAGAAGAAAAAGAGUUAUAAGAACUCUGGAGUGGUCAUUUUUAAGUCUUGCCAGCUGGCAGCUCAGUACUCGUUCCUGGACUAUGUGAUGGGAGGUUGCCAGAUCAACUUCACGGUGGGAAUAGACUUCACGGGGUCCAACGGAGACCCUCGUUCCCCCAGCUCUCUGCAUUACCUGAGCCCCGACGGGCAGAACCAGUACCUGCUGGCCACCUGGUCUGUGGGUCAGGUGGUGCAGGACUACGAUUCUGAUAAACUCUUCCCGGCUUUUGGCUUCGGAGCCAAGGUUCCUCCAGACUGGCAGGUCUCCCAUGAGUUUGCACUGAACUUCAACCCCAGUAACCCCUACUGCCAAGGUGUCCAGGGCAUCAUAGAGGCUUACCGUUUAGCUCUACCCCAAGUCAAACUGCAUGGACCCACCAACUUCUCUCCCAUCAUCAACCAUGUCGCCCGUCUCGCUGUUGGGGGAGCACAACAGAACAACGCAUCUCAAUACUUUGUACUGCUGAUCCUGACUGAUGGAGAGAUCACAGACCUGGACCAGACCCGGGACGCCAUUGUAGCCGCGUCCCGCCUCCCCAUGUCAAUCAUCAUCAUCGGAGUGGGCGAGGCCGACUUCAAGGCCAUGGAGAUGCUGGAUGGAGACGAUAGCGUGCUCAAGUCCCUGAGCGGGGAGCCAGUGGCCAGAGACAUCGUCCAGUUUGUCCCCUUCAGGCAGUUCACCAAUGCACCUAAAGAGGCUCUGGCCCAGAGUGUUCUGGCUGAGGUACCCAAUCAGCUGGUGUCUUAUUUCAAGAUGAGAAAGCUUGACCCUAUCAACCUUCCUGGUGCUAAAGCAUAGACCCGCCUCCGGGCCAUGGAUCUACCUCUGGAGCCACAUCUCUUUGCCACUGCAUCUCCUUACCACAGGGGGCGCCAGAGGUCUAUGCUGUCACUUGAUCAGACUGUAGAACCACUUUCUGGAAUCAUCCAUGGUUGACUAUAUAGAGGUUUAGACAACACUCAAUGUGGAAGUUUAGCAACAGAACCUACUAGUAGCUACAUUUCUCCCUUAAAAACAAAGUUAAACAAUUGAUUACAUAAAGUCCUUACGUCCAGUGAAAUUUUACAUAAGGAUAACCAAGAAAGUACACAAAAUACUUUCAGGAGCCAAUGUUUAGCUUUUCUUGCCAAUCUUGCUUCAGUUACCACAAACUUGUCCCAUGUCUGUCCCAUAUCCAUAAUGAAUGUAGUUUUACAAAAGGCUAAGGGGUAAUCAAUUGACUUUGUCCAAACCUUGAUAUAUUCAACCUCGGAAUCAUCUCCAACUGAUCUAACAGUGCCUUGAAGACCACUGUUCUACCAUGUAAUCCCCCUCUUAAGUAUUCCUCUCCUGUCUAGAUAUUCAUUUAUAGUGUGUGUCUAUCAUGCUAGCAACGAGGAGACUGGUCUUCUGACAAACGUUAUUAAUCUUUUUAUAUGAAUUCUAUUUAGAAUGUUACCAUACACACCCUAUGUGUCACGUGUUCCACACUUUUCUCCCUCAGAACCUAAUGAGCUUGGGCCUAGCACCCUCCUAGCUAGCUGUUAAUAUUACUAGUUAAACUGUCUGCUGCCUAAUGCUUUAGCUGCAAACCAACUUAUAUGCAAACUAAAAAGCCUUAAAUGCUGCAUGAUAGUUGCUGAUUUUAUACUAUAAUCACUUUGCACUUCCUGUCUGAUGCUGGACACGUGUUGUGACUCAACAAGGCACGGCCUUGUGUAUUAUUGGAAUACACGCUGCGAUAGAAUAUGCAUGUGCUGCAAUGGGAAAAGAGUUCAAUACCUUUUUCAAUUCAAAACAUUAGGAAUUUAUUAAAAACUAUUCAAU